UUGUGGCAGUACCGCUACAUGAAGUUGAAGUUUUGACCACUUCAUAAGAAAACAAGGAAGCGCCAGUACAUCAGCAGAAUGAUUGUCAACUGCAAGAAGUAGCUGUCCGUUGAUUUCUUUUCAGUGGCGUGUAAGCAAACUUUCACAAAUGGAGGCUGGAGGAGGAGAUGAGUGUAUGGAUGUGCAGGAGGCAGCGGCAGCAGCAGAACCAAUUUUUUCUCGACACCGACAGACUUCUGCAAAGCCGGUUUGGACUUCGCUAGAGGAGGCAGCCCAAAUGAAAACCGAAGGGAAUGCUUUGUACAGGGAGAAGAACAUUCGCUCAGCCAUCGGGCGUUAUCACCGAGCUCUGCUGGUCCUCAGAGGCCUCGACUCUGAAGUGAUGGCGUCAGUGAAAGGGUUUGGACCUGAGAUGCCUGCGCUCACACCUGAACAGGAGGCUUUACUGAGAAACACACAAGUGGACUGCUACAACAACUUAGCUGCCUGUUUGCUGCAGAGACAGAGCGUUGACUAUUCUCGUGUGCGGGACUACAGCCUGCGGGUGCUGCAGUGGCGACCAGGUGAUGUCAAAGCGCUGUACAGGGCAGGAGUAGCCACUCUGGAGAUGGGAGAUGCACAGACUGCCAAACAGUACCUCACCCAGGCCUGCAGAGAGCAGCCUAAUGAUGCCAAUGUGAGGAAACACCUGCAGAGAGCUGAGGACAAACUGAAUCGGGAGUUGCAAAAAGAGAGAGCCAUGUACCGAGACAUGUUUUCCCCGAGCCUGAAGAGCAGCUCUGGAGAAGGGAUUAACCAAACAAACGGAGCCGGUGAAGGAGUUUGAGCCUGCCAGCUCAACCCGCCAAAUGAAUCCUCAAACUGAGAGAGACUGUGUUCACCCUCAACUGAUCACAAACCAACGAAGAAUGUUCACACAUCUUGAAUCAUUUUACUGUGUCUCCUUUAGGUGUUUAUGAGAUGAGAAUAGUAAGAAUUAUACAGAAUACCAGAAAGCGGUGAGUAAGAAAACUAAAGAUGUCGCUGCUGAAAAUAGAAAACAGUUAGGACAAGUUAGUUUCCUAGCAACACGGAUGCAAAGCCGUGUUUUUAAAUCUGGAUAUUUCACAAAUGCCUCUGAAAGCUAAAGUGGGACUCGUGCACUACUCAAAGUUCUGAUUAUGCCUUCAUGAUUGCAGUUGUCAGUGCUGUGAAUGUUUGAUUUUGUGAGAUUUCAAUUAAAAUAUUUUUUUAUAAAUAACGUA